AAAAACUUAUGCUUUUACGCUUCUGGUUCAUCAAAACGCUUUACGCUUUUACACUUCUAGUUCACUAAAGGAGUAUUUUAUUCAUGAAAAUACUUGUAUUUUAAAGGUAAAUAAAAAAAUGAUAUAUUUUAGAUUGAAAUAUACAUAUCAGGUACUUGGGAGUAUUCUUAGCUUCAAUAGAGUAAUCUAAUUCACCAGCUAGGCCCUUCCCAAAUUCACUAGCAUAGAGGGGAAGAUAGCUUAUUGUUAAGAUAUAUGUUUAUGAACUUAUUGUUAAAAUGUUAUGAGUUUCUCAACUUUAGACAUGAAUCACAGGUAUUUAUUAACUUAUAUGCACUCAUAUUUUACUUAGAAUAUGUCGUACUUAACACAUUUCUUUGAUUCUACGGUUUACGAUUUUACCCAUUUUGGGCGUCUAGGUAGAAUCGAGCUUUUGACUGCAUUGCACGCAAGGUAGUUAAGGCUCAAGCAAGCUACAUGAAAUACCAAGAAGGGGAGGCAGCGGUUACAAGAGGCAGUUACAUGGCGGUUACAAAGGGAUGUCUAUAAUAUAGGAGAAACGAAGACAAAGCAAAUGCUCCAUAAAAAAACAUUUGACUCUACAUGUCAAACUUUAUCUUUUCCUCUGCAAUGUAGCCAUAGUCGUGGCCCUUAGUUUUUGGAUAACUCACUGAACCACCAUAGGAGUAGGAGUAACUUAUUUCAUUCCCAAAAACCAUCAAUCAAACACCCUUGUUCGAACUAUGUUCGGAGAGGUGUGAACCGUGUUUAGUAAUUGUUGUUCAAAGAAGUCAAAGUUGCAUUCAUUAAUAUCAAACACCAGAGAUUUUCCUCGCCAAAAAAUAAUUACUAAAUUAACUUUGAACCCUACUGAAAUAUAUUGUUUACCGCCCGAGGCUUUAGAGGUCAAUUAGGGUUGGAGUUUCAAUAGUUCUUCAUAGAAAUAAUAUAGGGUUGGUGUGAUUAAGCAUUCAACAAACAAUCUCUUUGUUCUUCCAUAAAUCGCUGAUUGCUAAUUAUCAUAGUUGGUAAAUACUCCGUUUAAUACAUGUAUAUGUAACCAUGCGUACUUUAACCAUUUAAAACUUUCGUAUCCGUAUUAUUGUCAAACUGUUUCAUUUUUUCCGUUCAUCUGAUGGCUCUCGUAUUAAACAAGUUUAAAACUCGUAUAACACGUUUAAUAUUCAUAUUUAAUGAAUUAAAUUAUUAACAUUACUACUAUUUAUAUAUUUAUUUAUUUUAAAAAUAAUUAAUUUUAUAUAUUUAUGACUAUUAACGUACUAUUAAUCGUAAAAUUAACAUUAACGUACUAUAAAAUAGCCGUACAUAUUUUAUUCAUAACUUUCUUGUACUGUAUUUUACUAACUAUGUUAAUUAUAAUUGCCAAAGGCAACAAUGCCAUUUGAAGGCGGACCGCCGAUCUCUUGUAUAAUUUAACGUGUAUAACCUGUCACAUCAUCAUUUAUUUAAGGUGUUUUUUCUAUAAAUUUUAACGAAGGUGUUACCAGGUGAGGUAGUAAUACCACCUCAACCUCUUCCGGGGCAGAGGCCUGUUGGGCUCUAAUGAUGCCUUGUCACUGUGAAGGAUGGCGUGGUUAUGGGCCUAGUAUGGGCUUUUGCCUUGUACGAGGAACUCUUCUUUCGAGAGAUUGCCAAGUCCAUGAUCAAGAUGGGGAACGAAUAAUGUGCUCACGGUCACGGAAGUAGUAGAGGGGAAGUUAGGAAGAGGAUUGUAUGUAGGUUUCUUAACCUUCCUGGAUCUCUCAGUAAGAGGCAAUUUGAACUCACUUGUUCGGGUAUUGUGCUAGCUAUCCCUGUCGGGAAUUACUACGUACUAAAUAAUCAAUUUAAAUCUUAUUGUCGUAGCUCAAUGAAUUAAUUAUAUAGUCUGAAGAUCGAUAUUCUAUUUAAGAUUGCAUAGCACCUUAUUUAAUCCACUGUCGCUUCGAUAAGUUACUAUGUCACAUGAAAUAGGUUCAGUUAUUAGGGUUUCACUGUCGCUAAUAACCUAAUUAACUACAAAUCAAUGUAUUGGUGGCUAGUCAACACAAAGCAUUAAGAAAUUUCAUGCAAUAGAGAUUGGAAGAAAAGAAUCAUGAAUCAAUCCAUCAAAUCAAGAAAUAGCUACAUCCUAUGGUGUUUCCCCCAGAAAUUGGGGUUUAGUUCAUGACGAAAUUAAGAUAAAUCGAUAGGGUUUUGUUCAUCAUGUUCUAAAUCAACAAUACACAACUAAUUCGGUUUAGAAAAUCCAACCAACUAAUCGCUCUCGUUGAAUUCAGCUCAAGCCUUGAAAAACUCGAUCGCCGGUGGCUGCUCGAUACGCUGCUCUGCCUGUAAUUGCCUCCCGCUGCGUUUCCUUGCUCCGCCUUUUCUAUCUCCCUUUUUCCAAAGAAAUUUCGCCCAGCCCUCCUCCAAAAAUAAAGUCCGCCCCCAAUAAUUUGUCCUGCUGCCUUUUUUUCCUUCCUCCAGUAGAAUUCCGUCCACCCUUUUGUUUUUCUUUCCCCACAGAGAAAGUCCGCUGCUGUGUCCGCCCAAAAGAGAAUUUCGCUGCCUUCCAAUUAAUGGCCGCCUAUAAUUCCUCCCGUGUCCCAGAAGAAGCUUUUUUUCAAUAGCAAAUUCCGUGUAUAAAUAGGGGCACUUAGCUUUCCCACGGAGGUCAGUGAGAAGCUUGUAAGUUCUGCUUUAAGCUAUGGACGGCGAUAUAGAGGGAUGAGGUGGUCGUACCGCUUGUACCAUUAAUGCUGCGGCAGUGCCUAAUAUGAGUUUGCUCCUGCCCCAGACAGCUUCGAGGUUCCCAUCGAUCGAUUACAGAGGUUUCAACCACUGAACUUGCUUAUGCUUGAGUCCCCUGGCCCAAAUAUUGUCCCUGCCAUUAAUUACCUCCAUCCAAAAUUAGUCCUCCCCAGAUCACCAAAAAACCUCCGGCCCACUCUUCCUUUCAAAAGCCCAAGUGAAUAUUCCAGUCCCGGUUCAACUCCUCAGUAAGUUCCGGUCCAAUGUACAUCCAGUCCACUUAAAUUAUUCUAUCCAUCAAUGCAAAUUUCUCGUUUCAUUUACCUGAAAUAUAUAAAACAUUUGGCACUUGAUGGUAAUGGUUUUAUAACCAUUCCAGGCUUAGUUGGACCCUCAAACAAGUAUUAUAGGUCUCAAACAUAUUAUGAAAUAAUCACAUUAAGCACAUGGAAUCGAUAUGUUUUCGACAAUUAUCAUAUUGCUCGAUCAUAUUCGCGUUGGACAAGUAUUAUUCGAUAUGCAGUAGUAGUAUGGGACGGGACAUGGAUUAAUAUUAUCUCAAUUUUCUUUAAUAUUUAUUUGUAGUUCUCAUACUUUAACUUUUUUUUAAUAAUAUUUCAGCAUUUUCACACACACAAAAAAAAUAUUUCAACAUAAUGAAACUUUGAAUAGGUGCAAAAAUUGAUCUUUUAAUUAUUUAGAUUCAGUUACUCAUUAUAUUAUCACUAUUGUCAUUCACGAAGUGUUGUUCUUUUGUUUCAUCGUAAAAUUAUUAAAUUUUUUGGUAUAUUUUCUUAAAAUAACAUGUGAAAAUGGAUCGACUCAUCCUUCCUCGUACCUAUAAGGAUAUUACCCGACCUGAUUCGCGUUUAGUAUAGAACAAAUAUAAAUAUUGAGAUACCCACAUUCGCGCUUAGUAUAGACAAAAAUAUAAAAUAAUUUUUUAUUUUUUGUGUAAUUUGAAAAUGAUAAAUUUUAUAAAUUAACCAAAAAUUAUUUAAAUUUUUAUUUUUUUAUUUUUUGGUUAAUUUGAAAAUAAUAAAUAAUUUGAAUUUUUUUAAUAAUUUUUAAGCUGACAAGGCAAUGACAUUGCGUGUUGACUAAUGGUCAAUGGUGUUGAGUGUCCAAAUUGAUGGUCAAAUCAUGUAUCGGGCCAAUUGAGUCUAUAUGCUGCAUUGUUGAGACCAGAAUAUUAAUUUCUGAAACCACGAACCAAAAUUAAUUAUAUAAUUAUAAUUCGAACCAAAAUAAAAUAUUAACCCAUAAAAGUUCACAGGAACAUUUCACUGUACGGGUCCAUGGUCUAUCAAAUACCUUCUUUUCCCACCCUGGCAAAUCUCAUAUAAUGAUUUGCCAUCUGAUCUAAGGUUUUGGUUUCUUUGGCAAAAGAAGAAUAGGGUUCUUAGAAAAUUUGCAAAAUUAUGUCUUUUCUUUCUCCUCCACCAACAUCAUCUAGUUCUCUCACACUAACUACCACCGUUAAUUCGCAUUAACAUAUUAAUCAUCAUCGAUUCAACACUUUCCUACAUUAACCUUGAUAAAUUGGAACAUUAACCUCUAGAAAUGAUCAUUGUAAGUGUCAUGUGUUUUUGUGUUAUCCAUGAUUUUUUCUUUUUGAUAUUAUUUCGUCUUCGUUUUUCAUAUGGACCUUAAAAUCACAAUUUUUACACUCAUUUUCAAUUUUUCAUAUUCACUAAAUUUUUUUGGUAUUUUAAAUCCAAAUUGAGAAAAAAGAGGCUAAUUAUGGAUCAGGGAAUCGAUAUGAAUCAAGACUUUAUCAACAUGGAGUCACAUUAUCAUUAAUCAAAUUAUUUUAUAUUAUGAUCACAAAGAGGCGAUUAUUGAUUGACACAAAUCAUAAUGGUGUUAUAAACGCGCUGCUACGGAUCGGGAAAUCGCAGGACUCGACAAAGCAAGAAUACGAAAGCGAGAAUCGAAAACACGAGACACGAUUUACGUGGUUCACCAACACGAUGUGUGUUAGCUACGUCCACGGGCGAGAGAGAAACCCCCGAUUACCAGUCGUAGCGGCUGAUAGUUCGAUUCAAGUCACAUCAACAAAUGGUUUGACAAAUAGCUAAACCCUUGGUACCUUUCAUUGAAUAUUGUUCCACUCCCACGUCAACUUCCUUGCUCUCUUUUUGUGGUGUCAUAGAUCAUUCCCCCACCUACGAGCUUUCUAGUUGUGGUUUGUACUAGUUUUAAGCCUACACGAAAUGUCAUCUUACCAAAAAAAGUCUACAAGAAAUGCCGUGAUGAAACACUUCAAUAUAAAUAGACUUUUGGCAUUUUGAGAGUAGGUAGUAUUGUCAAAACCUAAUCAGAAAUAUGAAUCCGUAAAGUGAUUGAUUAUUGGUUCAACCUGUACCAAAUCAAUAAAAAUUAUUUUUGAAUAUCCAACACUUAAUUGUCUAUUGAUGAGAAAAUUUGAUUUAUUUGGUAAUAGCAUUUUAAUAUCCAUCACUUAUUGCAAUCCAUUAAUUGUAUAUUGAUGGUUCGUUUGGAUGCAUCAUUUUGGUUCUAUGAUAUUUCGAAUCCAAAUGAUGCAUUAUUUUGCUACGUGGCAUUUCAUGUGGUAUUUCAUUUUGAAAUAUGGUAAUUGGUGUAAUUGCCUUGUUUGGAUAAAACAUUCAAAUAUUAUGGUAUUUCACCACUUAAAGAAGGGAUGAAGUAGAAAAAGAAGUUGGGAGAUGAGGUAUUUGAAAUAACUAGGGGGUGGGUAGGUAUUUCAAAUAACUCACAAUGAGUUAUUUCAAUUGACUCGUGGACAAAAUAUCACAUUCUACUUUAUUUUUGCCAAACGAGUUAUUUUGAUUGAAAUACCUCAUUCUGAAUUAUUUUGACCAAAUUACCUCAUCAAAAUAAUGUAUCCAAACCACCCGUGAUAAGGAAAUUUGGUUUAUUUGGGAAUUUGCUAGCUAAAACGUUUAUGGAGAGCAACUAAAGUGAGCAAUACCAUCUUCAUUACUAUUCUUUGGCAAUUGCUAAAGUGAUGUGGAUGGUGAUAUGACACUUCAAUAGCAAUUGCUAACGAUGCAAGGGUGAUUGCUAAAUUGACAAAUUUGUUAUAUUACCAAGUCCUCUGGCAAUAUCACCUAGAUAUAGGUAGGGCUGCAAAUGAGCCAUGCCGCUCGCGAGCAACUCGGCGUUCGAAUUGGAAAAAACUCGUUCGACACUUGACUCGUUGUUUAACAAGUCGGCUCGCUCGUUCGACACUCGACUCGUUGUUUAACGGCUCGUUAGUAAACGAGCCAAGCUUGAGCUAGGCCAUGCUCGGCUUGAUAAGCUCGUGAGCUAGCUUGACUCGAUGGCUUGUUGAGCGAAGCUCGCGAGCUGUCUUGUUUAAAGCUUGUGGAAGGAUUAAUUACUCUUUUGAACAUGAAAAUUAUCUUGUUAAUAAAGAUGUGUAUGGAAGUUAGAUGUUAUUUUUAGUUUCUCGUGUUCUUUUUGUCAUUUUUAAUUUCUAAUGUUCUUAUUUGUACACAUUUUUCAGCAAUAAUGGUUUCAAAUCGAGCUUAUCUAGAGCCGAGCUUGUACUCAGCUUGACAAGUUGUGUUAAUGAGCAUUUACCGAGCUCGAGCUGAAUUAUUUUUAAUCGAGUCGAGCUCGAGCUCGAGCUGGAUGAUCAAAAUUCGAGUUCGAGCUAAAAAAUUUACAAACGAGCGGAGCUCAAGCUAAGCAAAAACUCGACUCGACUCGGCUCAUUUGCAGCCCUAGAUACAAAUAGAUGAGGAACCACUUUCAUUUUUUUUUUCUAAGCAAUCAUAUAUAUAAUUAAUUAGAGAAGUAAUUAUUAAACACAUUUAUCGUAAAUUAUAUAUGAGAUUUUAUCAUCCAAGUACAAAAGAUAAACAAGACAGCAUAGCUAUGAUUGAAUAUUCAUUGAUGAAAUUAGAAAGAAACGCCUCUAAAUGAAUUUCCUAAAUAAUUUAGGGUGUCAAGGGAUUCGCUGUGUUGACGAGUUGAGGAGCUUAAUCAAAUCUCGACUUUUCAGUUCCACUAGUAUAAUAUAAUGAAUGUGAUUAAACGAU